AUGCAAACCAUGAGCUACGAGGAGGAACCAGAGGAGAUGUUAGAGAGUGCAGGGCUGGUCCCAGACCCAGGGCCCCACGCCCCACCGUGUCGGCUGGAGAGCGGAGCACAGGGGGGAGCGCUGCUGAAGGAUGCAGCUGAGCCGAAAGGAGCUCGGAGCAUCGCGGCGGGGUCCUGCUGCCUCUGCCUGGGGACGCGGGGCGUUGGGCAGCCACAGAAAAAUGCAAGAAACUUCAUCUUCGCAACUGUGCGACCUGCGAAGGAGGAAAAGGAGCAAAUACAGUCGCAGCUGGAGAGCCUCCGAAGAGAGAAAGGGGAACUGGAGAGACAGGAGAGGGAGGAGCGAUGGAUCUGCCAGGACUAUCUGGAAAAGGUGACGGCAGAGAGGCAGAAGAUUGCACCCGAAUUUAAGCAGCUGCGACUGUACCUGGAGGAGCAGGAGUGCCUGCUGCUGGCUCGGCUGGGGGAGCUGGAGAAGCAGAUUAAAACAAGACUGAAAGAAAAUGCUGCUAAAUUCUCCAAGAAGAUUACUUACCUGGAUGGCCUGAUCAAGGAGACGGAGUGUCGGCUGUCAAGACAGGAUUCCCUCCAGGACGCCGGUGAUGAUUUGAGCAGGUGUGAGAGGGCAGAACCCCAGCAAGAGGAGUGGAUGAGCCACGAGCUGAAGGAGCCCAGCAUCUGCUCAGAAAAAGCUCCCACGCUCGAGGAGGCGCCAAGAAAACCCCAAGAUGCUUUGAUUGACACCGGGGAAGGCGUGGAGGAAUCACAGGGACCGUACACAAAAGUGAUGGUGACUCUGGAUCCAGGCACGGCUCAGUCCCAGCUCGUCUUGUCAGCAGACCAGAGAAGUGUGAUGCAGGGAGCCAGACAGCAGGGCCUGCUUGACAACCCAGAGCGAUUUGACCCAUGGCCUUGUGUGCUGGGCUGCGAGGGGUUCGACUCGGGGCGACCAUGCUGGGAGGUGGAGGUGGCCUAUGGGUUGUGCUGGGCUGUGGGGGUGGCCCUGGAGUCCGUGAAGAGAAAGGGACUGAUUGAUAUGAGCCCCGUGGGGGGGAUCUGGGCCGUGGGGAGGUAUAAGGAGAAGUUCCAGGCUCUCACUUCCCCAUCUCCCACCCCUGUCCUCCCCAGCACCGUCCCCCGGCGGGUGCGGGUCUGUCUGGAUCAUGCAGGGGGGCAGGUGAUGUUUGUCAAUGUGGACAGCGAGGCUGUGAUUUUCACUUUCCCGCGAGCUGUGUUUGCAGGGAAGCGAAUCCACCCCUGGUUCUGGGUGGGUAAGGGGACCCAGCUCAAACUGUGUCCUGAGACCUGAGGAGGUGGGUCCCUCCACGGAGACUCUGCUGUGGCCACCCCGCCUUCCUGCAUCCCCAUCUGGCCAGUCCCUGGGGACUCCCAUCUGCUUACAGACCUCCUGCCAUCUCAGCCUGCAGACCUUCUGCCAGGAGCCCCAGAGGCUAUCGAGCCCCCGCCUGCCUGCCGAGAGCAGGAACUGCCUCGCUGGGAGCAGAGAUCCAUGGGUGUCGUGGUUUAACCCGGUGGGCAGCUGAACACCGCCCAGCCCCUCGCUCACCCCUCACCCCUGCACCCCUCAGGGGGGGAAAAAAGUGAAACCUGUGGGUUGAGAUAGAGACAGUUUAAUA